AUGCUGCGUGGAACGAGGAAUUGGUGGAAGGUUCCGAUAAGGUUCGGGAGUUCUGGGGACUGCGGGUAUGAGCCGUGUCCUCGACCGCCUGCUAUUCCCGUACCUCGGUAUAUACCGCCUUGUAAUUCACCAGUACCGCCUUACUACUGCUGCCCUAGGACGAAGUACGACGUGAACUUCAUUUACAUAAACGAUCAGCCCCCUAAAACUAAAUUCGGUGACGUCAUAGAUAGAAUGGCGAACGCUGUUUUUUGGAUGGAAAUAGCUAGAGGCUUUGCUGUCACGCUAGGACACAUAUUCAAGGAACCAGCAACAAUCAAUUAUCCGUUUGAGAAGGGUCCUUUGUCCCCGCGUUUCCGAGGUGAACACGCUUUAAGGAGAUAUCCAUCUGGAGAAGAGAGAUGUAUAGCGUGCAAGCUUUGCGAAGCGAUUUGUCCGGCUCAAGCGAUAACUAUAGAAGCUGAAGAACGCGCCGAUGGCUCCCGAAGAGCCGUCAGAUACGACAUCGACAUGACCAAAUGUAUCUUCUGUGGAUACUGCCAAGAGGCCUGUCCCGUAGAUGCCAUAGUAGAAGGUCCCAACUUCGAGAACUGCACGGAGACUCACGAAGAACUGAUAUAUAACAAAGAGAAGCUCCUAUCGAUUGGGGAUCGUUGGGAACCAGAAAUUGUGAGCAAUUUAAGCGAUAAUCACUUGUAUCGCUAAUCCUAAUUUAUCGCAACUCUAGUUGUUCUUGUUUUUGAGUUUCCCUCG